UUCCUCAGUUCUCCGCUCACUCCCAUUCCGGCACUCCCACGGCAGCUCGCGUGAGUGAUGGCCGCCGGAGACGAGGCUGGGAGCGACUCCGGAGGCGACGGCGCGGGGCCUGGCCAGGCCGCCCUCCAGGAGACGACUCAAGAUCUGCAAAUGUCGUUUGUCAAGAUGAUGCAGACACACAGUCCACAAUCAUGGUCAGCCCUGCCAUCAGAGCUUGCUGGUAUGGUCCUUUGUCGCCUCCCUUCCCACGUUGACCGUGUGCGCUUCGCUGCUGUAUGUCACCAUUGGCGCUUCUCCAGACAAGAGCAUAGCCUGCCCCCACCUUUACCAUGGCUUGCAUUCCCUGAUGGAACCUUCUUCGGCCUUCCCCGUGGAGACGGGGCAAAAGAGUCCUUCAAGCUCCCAAUCAGUGCCAACUAUUGUAUCACCUGCGGUGACUGGCUUGUCUUCUCACAGAACGACACAUGUUUCCUAAUGAACCCCUUCUCCAAGAUCACCUUGACGCUUCCUAAACUAUCUUCUUUCUGUCUUGUGGAUGAGCCUGUUGGAAUUAUUAAUGGUCGUGAUGUCGUGGAUGAAGAUAUGUCUGGUCCUCUGCUACAGAUGGAUACUGCGAUAUCUCUGCGCAAGGUAAUCAGGUGCUCGGGACUCCUUAUUGCUGCCAUCGUUGACAUUGGGCCUCUUUGCACUGUUGCGUACUGCCAACCGGGUUCAACCACAUGGCUGGUGAGUGGACUUGGCAGCAAAGGGUCGGUCAUAGACAUGAUGUUCUAUGAAGGUAUGUUGUAUGUCAUUGACGAGUUCAACGACCUGUUGGCAAUCAAUGUCAGACAGGACAAUGAUAAUUGCAAGUUAAGGGUUUCUCGGAUCGAGCGUCUACUCGAUGCUGCCCCCUGUGUCUUUAAUUUGAUCCAAGGUGGCAUCUCUUACUUUGAGUCGUAUCUAGUUGAAUCUCAUUUUGCACUACUGCUGGUAAAGAGAACAAUACUUGGUAUAUGUGAUAAUGACACGAUUGGUGGUAUCAAGCCAGUAGGGAUCGAAUUUGAUGUGUGUCAGUCAUACUUCUAGUCCCGAAGUUGCGUGAAGGUGAGCAGUUUUGGGGAUGACCAGGUAUUGUUUGUCAGCCAAAGUUCAUCCCGAUCUGUUGACGUGUCUCAGUACAAGCUGAAGGGGGAUUGCAUCUACUUCAUGGAUGAUGGCAGCUGUGACUGGUUCUGGAAGGAUGCGCCAAGUUCUUGUGCGGUAUAUGACAUGAGGGGUGGGGAGUGUUUCUUCAUACCACUUCCGACAGGAUCAUGCAAGGACCUCAAAACGCCAACAGCAUGGCUUUUCCCUCAAAGCUGAGAUAGAUAUUUUCCUCCAUAUGAUUCAUGAUUUAGCUGAUAGUUGAGCUAUGGACGCUAACAUUGUCAACUGGGUGCUCUCAAUCCAAUCGCCGUGAUUCGUUUGGAUGUAGCAUGUGUUUGUUUUGUCAGGUUUUGCAUGUUGCAGCUGGAAGGCUCCCCCCCUCCUCCCCUGAGCUUUAUGGUAAUGUAGUCCUGCUGGGAAGCGGAUGCUUGUGUUCUGUAAGCUAUCUGGGAGACUUCACCUUUAUUCCUAUCUAAACUGAAUUCGAUUUGACA